ACAAGAUGGCGCCGCCUGCUGAGCUUCCCUUGUGCUGUUUCCGGUCGCUCUCGGAAGGACGAGUCCCACCCGUAGCCGACGCUGCUGGCGGUUGCUAGCGGUGAGGUGCUUCUUCAGACCGCUUCUUGCGAGCGACUCCGCAACCAACAUGUCUAACAGAAACAAUAACAAGCUGCCCAGCAACCUGCCACAGUUACAGAAUCUGAUCAAGCGAGAUCCGCCAGCUUACGUCGAGGAGUUUCUACAGCAGUAUAAUCACUACGAAUCCAAUGUGGAGAUUUUUAAAUUACAACCAAAUAAACCUAGCAAAGAACUGGCAGAGCUAGUGAUGUUUAUGGCACAGAUUGGUCACUGCUACCCAGAACAUUUAAGUAACUUUCCCCAAGAGCUGAAAGAUCUUCUCUCCUACAAUCACACUGUCUUGGAUCCAGAUCUUCGAAUGACAUUUUGCAAAGCUUUGAUCUUGCUGAGAAAUAAGAAUCUCAUCAAUCCAUCAAGUUUGCUAGAACUUUUCUUUGAACUUCUGCGUUGUCAUGAUAAGCUUCUGCGAAAGACUUUAUACACACAUAUUGUCACUGAUAUCAAGAAUAUAAAUGCAAAACACAAGAACAAUAAAGUGAAUAUUGUGUUGCAGAAUUUCAUGUACACCAUGUUAAGAGAUAGCAAUGCAACUGCAGCCAAGAUAUCUUUGGAUGUGAUGAUUGAACUCUACAGAAGAAACAUCUGGAAUGAUGCCAAAACUGUCAAUGUGAUCACAACUGCAUGUUUCUCUAAGGUCACCAAGAUAUUAGUUGCUGCUUUGACAUUUUUCCUUGGGAAAGAUGAAGAGGAGAAACAGGACAGCGACUCAGAAUCCGAGGAUGAAGGACCAACAGCAAGAGACCUGCUAGUGCAAUAUGCCACGGGGAAGAAAAGCUCCAAAAACAAGAAAAGGUUGGAAAAGGCUAUGAAAGUGCUCAAGAAACAAAAAAAGAAGAAGAAACCAGAGGUGUUUAACUUUUCAGCUAUUCAUCUGAUUCAUGAUCCCCAAGAUUUUGCAGAAAAAUUAUUAAAACAACUAGAGAGCUCUACGGAGAGGUUUGAGGUGAAAAUGAUGCUCAUGAACCUCAUCUCCAGAUUGGUGGGAAUUCAUGAGCUUUUUCUCUUCAACUUCUAUCCCUUCGUACAAAGAUUUCUGCAGCCCCACCAAAGAGAAGUAACAAAGAUCCUUCUGUUUGCUGCCCAAGCAUCUCAUCACUUAGUACCCCCAGAGAUCAUUCAGUCAGUGCUCAUGACUGUGGCCAACAAUUUUGUCACCGACAAGAAUUCUGGGGAGGUCAUGACAGUAGGAAUCAAUGCUAUAAAAGAGAUAACAGCUCGAUGUCCUCUAGCCAUGACUGAAGAACUUCUCCAAGACCUAGCUCAGUAUAAAACACACAGAGAUAAGAAUGUGAUGAUGUCUGCUAGAACUUUGAUUCAGCUCUUCCGAACACUGAAUCCUAAGAUGUUGCAGAAGAAAUUCCGGGGCAAGCCUACAGAGGCCUCCAUAGAAGCAAGAGUGCAAGAAUAUGGAGAAUUAGAUGCUAAAGAUUACAUUCCAGGAGCAGAAGUUCUAGAAGUUGGAAAAGAAGAGAAUGCUGAAAAUGUUGAAGAUGGGUGGGAAAGUACCAGUCUCAGUGAGGAGGCAGAUGCUGAUGGUGAGUGGGUUGAUGUGCAUCAUUCUUCUGAUGAAGAGCAGCAAGAAAUAUUCAAGAAGCUCAACAGGAUGCCCAUGGAGGAGCGGAAAGCCAAAGCUGCAGCCAUUAGCACGAGCCGAGUUCUAACUCAGGAAGACUUCCAGAAAAUCCGCAUAGCCCAAAUGAGGAAAGAACUCGACGCUACCCCAGGGAAAGCCCAAAAGAGGAAAUAUAUUGAAAUAGAUAGUGAUGAGGAGCCCAGGGGUGAGUUACUUUCUCUUCGGGACAUUGAACGCCUUCAUAAAAAGCCAAAAUCUGACAAGGAGACAAGACUAGCAACAGCAGUGGCUGGAAAGACAGACCGAAAAGAAUUUGUGAGGAAGAAAACCAAAAUGAACCCAUUUUCCAGUUCCACAAAUAAAGAGAAGAAAAAACAGAAGAACUUUAUGAUGAUGCGAUAUAGCCAUAACGUCCGGUCAAAAAACAAGCGUUCCUUCCGAGAAAAGCAGCUGGCACUACGAGAUGCACUUUUGAAAAAGAGAAAAAGAAUGAAGUAACCUCCGAGCAAGUCUUCCAUUCCAAGAAGAAUGCUAAAUUUGUAUCAUUAUUUUGAAAAUUAGUUAAUCAAGCAUGCUUACAUUAAAAAGUCCUGAAGGUACCAUAUUGUGAAAAACACAGUAAAUUUGGUAGCAAUUUAGUAUUUCUGUUUGGAGUUGGGUAAUGGGAAUGUUUGGAAUGUAACCAGUAGUGGUGUUGUAAAAGCAUUUUCAUUUAGCAUUCAUGCAAAGAAAAAUAUUGUUGGAUGCCUACUAAAUGUCACUGUAGAUACAAAAAUGAAUGAGCCAUCACCCCUCACAAAAGGCAUUCACAGCCUAUUUGGCAAAUUGGAGGGGGCGGAUGUGUAUUGUAUGUGUAUUUAUGUGCAGUGUAAAUAGUUCUCUAGUAAAGAUAGGUCUGUGCUUCUCUGGGGUCACAGAGGCUUCUACAGGGCAUAAGAGUUAAACAUUUUCUCAACAGGACAAUGUUACAAGAGUAAGAGAUUCUUACUUGUAUAUAGGCUUACCUGCUAAAAAACAGGUCCCUGCUGUACAGAUUUUAUGUCGCCAAUUUAGGUCUAAUUUAGUCCAUCCAAAAAAGUUUACAUAUUUUUUUGAAUGCCAGGUACAGGCUUUUCGGCUAAGACCUCACUUUUUAAAUUGCCCUAAGUAUAAAUAGGAAUCUUAGAGUGUCUAGUUCGUCAUUUAGGCCACCAUAAAGGAAUAAGAAAUCAGAUUGAUUUCCUCAGUCUGUCUUCAUGCUCUAGUAUUUUUAGCUUGCUGUUUGCUUUAUCUCAAUAAAAGGUACCUAAUGUCAGAUAGGUACUAUUGUGUGUGUUAAGUGCCGUGUUAGGCUCCCUCCCCUAAGCAUGUCUGAGUGGAUUUCAAGGGACACAGAGCCAUGGUCAGCCUCUCUGUUUGCAAGUCAUUGCAUUUGGAAGUAGUCUGAUGCUUUUGCCUUUGAUUUCCUAGAUCAUAUUGUGAUAGAUGAGAAAAUUGUUGCUUGAGAGUAAAAGGCAAUUUUCUGUCUACCCAGAAUUAGAAAGUAGCUUCGAAAACUACUUCUCUUAUUCACUUUCUGUGUUCACUUUUCCACUCCAAGUCCAAAAGACUUUGGUUUUAUUUUGAAACUUUGUGACCUUCCCCAAAGAUGCCCCAGCUCGCUAGAGAUUAGUUGUGAAAAUCUUGAAGUUUAACAUUGAAAUUACACUGGCCUGGUGAGAGGAGUUCUGAGUUAACUUCAGCAACUUCAUUGUUUAACAGGAAGUGUCCGGUGCAAAUUUGAAUAUUUCAGACCUGAAACUUCUCUCUCUCUCUCUCUCUCUCUUUUGUUUGCAUUUUUGAACUGGGUGUCUCCUCAAGAGAGGUAAAUAAAAUUCAAAAUGGCAUAGCAGCUAGGGUUCACAGCUUUGCUGCAUGACUUGUGAUGGUGUCUGGAAGUCAUCCUUCCUUUGGACUUUCCCACUCCACUUAGAGGCCAGGAGGCCAAAGUCCAUUCUGUGCUCUGACUUCUGUACUACUGUGGCUUCACCUUGCUCUAACUGAGGUUUAUAUGCAAGAUAGAAAAAUAUCUCAUUUAAAAAGGUGAAAGUCUUAACUCUUAUUUCUCGAAUGCAUAGUAUCUUAAUUCUACCCAAUUUCCUAAUAAAGGAAAUCUUAGAAAUCUUCUCUUGCGAAUAUUUACUAUAAAUUUGAAGAUCAGAUUUUCACAAGGUUGGAUGCUGUCAACAAAGGCAGAGUGGUCUUUCAGGGUCACUUUUACCAUAAAGUGAUCAUCAGAGUCUGAGCAUCAGCUUUUCAAUCUCCAUUUUUUUUUUAAUUUUUAUUUAUUUAUGAUAGUCACAGAGAGAGAGAGAGAGAGAGAGAGGCAGAGACACAGGCAGAGGGAGAAGCAGGCUCCAUGCACCAGGAGCCUGACGUGGGAUUCGAUCCCAGGUCUCCAGGAUCGGGCCCUGGGCCAAAGGCAGGCGCCAAACCGCUGCGCCACCCAGGGAUCCCCUCCAUUUUUUUUUUUUUUUUUUGUCAGUACUAAGAAUGGAUCCAUUUCAGGGAUGAGCUCCCAUAUCCAGGCUCAUAACUUAUGUAUAAAGUGAUGUGUAAUUCUAGAAUGCUGAUGUAUUUUGUAUGUGAUCUCAGCAGAGUCAUGAAAUGCAGUCUGUUCUCUGCUCUAUCACUAGUGCUAGUUCAGUGCCCAGGAUGUUAGGUGCUCAGCAAGUAUUUGAAUAUGUGAUUUUUUUUUCCAGUCAGUUCUCUCUGUAAAUAUAAGACCACCUACCUCAUUGAUUGAGAAUUCUGAGAAUGUUAGCUAAUUCUUUGAAAAUGUAUCUCUUUAAAGUGUCACAUGGCAACCCAGAUUGUUUAGAAUAUUCUGUUCUUCAAACCAUUUUAGAUAAAUACAUUUUAAGCUUUGUUACCAAGAAUAAUAAGGCUCUAUCAGUGACAUCCUUUCAUAGCAUAAAAUAAAACUAAAAAUUAACUAUUGUUUAUUUUUUUUAAUGAGAUUUUAAAAAUAUCUUGAAAAUGAAUAGAAAAGUAAGGCACUGACAUGGAGCUUUUUCUCUUUUAUAAGGAAAUAAACUUUUCUUCCUAGUACAAUCUUUGGUCAGUACUUAUUUAAAAAUGCAGAUAAGAACAAAGCGCAGCUAAUUCUGUACUAUUUAAAUACCAUACAAAUGUUUGUGUAGGGCACUUCUUACGUGGUAAUCUUAUUCUGCAAAUUCUUUCAUUGUUUUGUCAAUCCAACCUCAGUGUGGAGAUGAAGUUACAAUUUAUCUGCAUGAUGGAAUAAUUUGAAGCCAUAAAAAUGUUUACAAUAGGGAAUGCUUACAAAUGAAAGGAACAAAAUAACAAAAGUAUUUAUAGCAUAAUCAAAUAACACAUGUAAGAAAAUGAAUAAUAAAGGCCCAAGAGGAAAUACUCUGUUGUUUAUAAAAUGACACUGUUUUAACUUUGAUUUCAGUAGUUACUAGAGAGGUUAAGGUUGUUUCACAUAGAUUUUUGUCAUUUGGUUCUUCUUUUACAGCUUUUUGGUGUUUUUUAUUAUUGAUUUGUAGGAGAUCUUUAUAUAUUCUAGAUACCAAUUCUUUGUUAGUUACUUAUGUUACACAAAUCUCCACAGAUAGCCAGUGCCAUCUACGUGAUAAACUUUGUGAUAAACCCAAAUAUACCUUGGGUCUGGGAAUUUUCAAAACCAGUCCUGGAUCCUUAUUUUAAAAAAUAGCCAAUUUUUAAUUUGAAGGUUUAUUUAUUUUAGAGACAGAGCAGGGAGGAGGAUUUUGGGGCAGAGGGAGAAAGAAUCCUAAAGCAGACCCAACUGAGUGCAGAGCCCAAGGCAGAGCUCCAUCCCAGGAUCCUCAGGUCAUGACCUAAGCCAAAACCAACAGUCAACCGCUCAACCAACUGAGCCACCUAGGAGACACUAAAUAGACUUUUUUUUUUUUUUUUUUAGCAGUUCUAGGUUCAUGGCAAAACUGAGUGCACCAGAGUGAUGCAAUCAUUGCAGUUGAUGAACCUACAUCAUUAUCACCACAAGUCAUAGUUUACAUUAGGGUUCACUCUUAGUUUUGUAUAUUCUAUGGUCUAGACAAAUGUAUAAUGAUAUUUGUCCACCAUUGCAGUAUACAGGGUAGUUUUAGUGCUCCUACAAUCCUCUCUGCUUGUUUACCCCCCUUUCUUCCUGACCCUUGGCAACUACUGGUCUUUCUACUAGCGUUUUGCCUUUUGCAGAAUGUCACAGUUGGAGUCAAAACCUACUGUUUUCAUAUCGGGUUUUUUUUUUUCCAUUUAGUAGUUUGUAUUUAUGUUUCCUCCAUGUUUUUUCAUGGUUUGGAUAGUUCAUUUCUUUUUAGUGAUGUAACAUUCCAUUCUCUGGAUAUAUUACGGUUGGUUUAUCCAUUUACCUACUGAAGGACAUCUUGGUUGCUUGUAGGUUUUGGCAGUUAUGAAUAAAGCUGUUAUAAACAUCUA